UUUUUUGUUUUGUUUUGUUUUGUUUUGAAAUUUCUGUUUGGCUCGGACCGGGGAGUUUCGCCCCCCGCCCGGCUCCGCGGCGCGGAGGAUGGUGUGGAAAUGGCUGGGCGCGCUGGUGGUGUUCCCUCUGCAGAUGAUCUACCUGGUGGCGAAAGCGGCCGUCGGGCUGGUACUGCCCGCCAAGCUGCGGGACCUGUCGCGGGAGAACGUCCUCAUCACCGGCGGCGGGAGAGGCAUCGGGCGGCAUCUCGCCCGCGAGUUCGCGGACCGCGGCGCCAGGAAGAUUGUUCUCUGGGGCCGGACUGAGAAAUGCCUGAAGGAGACGACGGAGGAGAUUCGGCAGAUGGGCACCGAGUGCCACUACUUCAUCUGUGACGUGGGCAACCGGGAGGAGGUGUACCAGACGGCCAAAGCGGUCCGGGAAAAGGUGGGCGACAUCACCAUCCUGGUGAACAACGCUGCCGUGGUCCACGGGAAGAGCCUGAUGGACAGUGACGAUGAUGCCCUCCUCAAGUCCCAGCACAUCAACACCCUGGGCCAGUUCUGGACCACCAAGGCCUUCUUGCCACGCAUGCUGGAGCUGCAGAACGGCCACAUCGUGUGUCUCAACUCUGUGCUGGCACUGUCUGCCAUCCCUGGCGCCAUCGACUACUGCACGUCCAAAGCCUCGGCCUUUGCCUUCAUGGAGAGCCUGACGCUGGGGCUGCUGGACUGUCCGGGAGUCAGUGCCACCACGGUGCUGCCCUUCCACACCAGCACCGAGAUGUUCCAGGGCAUGAGGGUCAGGUUUCCCAACCUCUUCCCCCCACUGAAGCCAGAAACGGUGGCCCGGAGGACGGUGGAAGCCGUACAGCUCAACCAAGCCCUCCUUCUGCUCCCCUGGACAAUGCACGCCCUCAUUAUCUUGAAAAGCAUACUUCCACAGGCCGCCCUCGAAGAGAUCCAUAAAUUCUCAGGAACCUACACUUGCAUGAACACUUUCAAAGGGCGGACAUAGAGGCAAGGUGCAGAGACAUGCUCGAGGAACCAUGGAGUCUGAGGGGCCACAGACCCUGGGCACACACUCAUGGGCCCGCCCGCUGGCACACUUCUGCUGGGUGAGCAGGGUGGCUCCGGUCCCCAGGGAGAAUCUGGCUGCCCCACAGGCCAGCCUCAGGACCUUUGCACAGGAUUGGUGCGUGUAACUCUGACCCCCAUGGGGAGGCAGGAAACCAGCCAGCGGCCGCCUUGAUGAUGCUCUUGUACAUUUCCAAUUCUGUAGAGUCUAUUGUUCAAUUGCUUCUCAAGUCUAACCAGCCUCAGCAGCGUGCAUAGACCAUUUUCAGGAGAGUCUGUCCCCAGGUGCUCCGCCUCCCCUUCCGAAACCCACUCAGCCUCGGCUUGCACAAACUGGUUGAACGGCGGGAAUGGAAAAUAAAGAGAGAUGGCGUUUGUGA